AUGGAGUCUGGUAGUGUGAGCACAGUGGGGGCCUGCGCCACUUUUCGAUUCACCUGGGCGCAGGGCCUCGGUGGUGGGUUUGAUGCCCCCCAUGCCGCCAGUGUGUCCAUCAGCACAGAGGGCAGCGGCGUGGGGAAACCUUCAGAGCCCCCUGUGGCCAGCACUCGCACCAAGCCUGUGCUGGGUACUGAAGUGGUAUCGGCGGCUCAGAGUGGCUGCGUGCGGCUGAGCUUUGAGUUCCAGGUAGCGGAACAGACCAGCGUGGUGUGGGAGACUGUGGUGGUGGGGCGGCGGCUGUACCUGUGGCUGGUGCACCUUCCCGAGGGCAGCAAGGAGGCCUUCGUGUCCCUGCUGGAGUACGCGGAGGAGGUGCUUGGCUGCUCCCACGUCCUGGUCUGCUUCAGGAAGGAUCGCAGUGACAGGGCUAUGUUACUGCGCACCUUCAUGUUCCUGGGGUUCGAGGCUCUUCCACCGGGCCACCCUCUCGCCCCGGCAUCUGGUGACCACCUCUACAUGGUGUACCAGAUUGACUGAACAUCAACGGGUUCCUGGUUAUGUUGGCUGAUUCUGUCGCUGCGUCACACUCGCCCCCCCCACCCUCCCACUGCUGCUGCUGCUGUGUUGAUAAAGUGUUGAUAGGUGGAUAGGCUGUUUUGCUCUUGAUCUUGGUCUUGAUUUGUCUUGUGUUGCUUAGUUUUGAUACUCCAAAGUGUUUGUUUUUAUUAUUUUUUUUAUUGAUUGAUCGAUUGAUUUGAUUUAUUUAUUUUUUUAAUGUUUUGUUAAUUUUGUUAGUGUAAUAAUUAUCUUUUAUUUCAUUUUUUUAUAUUUUUUUAUAAUUAAUUAAUUUCAGUGUUAAUAUAUUGCUAUACUGUUUUACUUUUGUUUUUAGUGGUUAAACUAUAUUUUCAUUUGCUCAAGUGUUUUUAAAGGUAAAUGUAAAAGAAAAUGUGUUAUUAUUUAAUGUAUUUAUUUCUUGUCUCAUAGCAUUGUUCAUAUUCCAAGCUCUUUUUUUAUUAUUUUACUAUUUUUCUCAUUUUGCUCAUGUUUUUCAAUGGUGAAUAACAAAAAAGUGUUUAUUUACUUUUUUAUAUUUGUUCCAUGGAUAAAAGAGUUAAGUGAGGUGUAGUACUUAUAAGUGUUUUUAAAAAGUAGUUUGGGUCUGAUCUUCCAAGGUGAAAAGUGUAAAAAAAAAAAAACCCUCGAUUCUUAGCCUAAUCACAAAUGUUAUGUCAUUAUUCUAAUUUCCCCAGACGAGGCAUCAACAAGGCAAGUGUUUAUGAGAAUGUUUCUAAAGCUAGGCAAGUACUUUUUGUGUGUACUUAACCUUUUCAUAAGAUUAAGAGGUAUCUUUUGUAUUUUAAGAGUAAUGCUUUUGAGAGAACUGUAUAUUUUUUUUAGCAAAUCCGAGUCUUUUGUGGUAAAUUUUAAGUGACUGAAUCCAGGCGUUUUUUGUAAAUUUUUAAGCGACGAACUGUUUUCUGGUAAAUUUAAGUACGUAACUGGAUCUUAAGUAUUUUGUGGGUAAAUAUUUUUAAGUGACUACCUAAACAUUUUGUGGUAAAUUUAAGUAAGUGGAUUUAAGCAUUUCCUGGCAAACAAUUGACUAAAAACCAAACAUUUCGGGGUGAAUACUUUAAGUCAACCCGGCAUGUCGUAGUAGACUCUUUAAGUAACCAUAACCAAAACACUUUACACUAGAAACUUAAGAGAAAGGCGAGCAUUGUGUAGUAAAUUAAGUUACACCCAAAAAUCUAAGCAUCUUUAAAGUACAGUAAAUUUAGGUAACAUUAACUUAACCCACACCAGCUGUUUUGUGGUAAAGAUUUAUGACUUUUUGUAGUGGUGACACUGAGCAGCAUAGGGGUGUGGCUGUGGCGCGGCGAGAGAGUGACAGAGUUCCCCACGUGGUAGAUGUGGCGUAGAGGGCAAGGGUGGCACAGACCUGACAUGUGGUGAGGCAGGGAAGGGACAACGGCACUCUUUAUCAACACGUCUUGCAAAAUGUAAACAAAACACAGACUUGCACAUGUCGACAAAUCCAAUGCAAGUGUUUGUGUGUUUGUUGUGUUUGUGUGUUUGUGGAGGCCUGGCCGGUGUUGCUGUGUGAUUGGCAAUACUGUGUGGCAGGUUGUGGUGGUGAUGUGAUGGUGGCACCUUUCAGUUGUAUCAUUAUUAUUAUCUUUUUUUUUUUAUUUCCAUUUUAAGUUCUUCCAUUGUUUGUUUUCAUUUAUACUUUUCUUAUUCUCUUCUAUUCCUUCCCCUUCACUAAUAUCUCUCCUUUUUCCUUUGUUCACCUCACCAUUCUUGUGUUUAAUCAUUUCCAUAUCCUUACCCCCAUCAACAUUCACCACUACACACACACACACACACACACACACACACACACACACACACACACACACACACACACACACACACACACACACACACACACACAGGAGGCUUAGAGCUCCCAGCAUAAGCCUCAAUGAAAGAUAAACAGUCAUCUAUUCUUAAGUCUCUUGAACUGCCAGCCUCCUCCUCCUAAGAUGUUUUCUUGACUGAUGAAAUAACACAUCUCAAAAGAUCUUAUUGAUGCUAAAAUGACAGUAAGAUCGAGAAUUAGAGCUUAACUGUAAUUUCAACUGUUAGGUUUUAUUUCAUGGUGGGAGUUGUGUAUACAGUGAAGAGAAUUGGUCGUUUUUGUUUCAUGGUGAGAGUGUCGUUGGUCAUGUCUGCCAGUCCUGUAGUCAGGUUGUGUGUCCCCCCUGCCCGCUGCCCACCCUCUGCCCUUACUGCUAAUAGGACACAUGGUUAAUGGAAGAAAAAAAAAAACACAAAAAAUGUAAAAAAAAAGUAAAAAAACGGGAAACAGCAAAACCACUACCAAAAAAAUAAUAGUUCUAAUAUUCAUUCCAUAUUAUGAUUUCUCUGUCUCCUUUUUCACUUUUCCUUUCUUCUCCAAUUUCCUUUAGUGUUUUUAUUGUAUUUUUUUCUUUUAAGGUCUUUGAUAAUGAAAAUUUUUUAGGAAUCCCUCAGUAAUUAUACAUAUACAUAUAUAUACAUACAUUUAGGGAAGUUUUUGUCAUUCAUUUUAAUGCAUCAGUUUGUUGUUAUGGUGAUUCACUUCAGUGAUUUAAGUAUUUGUGUUGUCAAAGGUUAGUUAUCAUUAAGGGAACGACUCCAGAAGAUUUUGUUAAGUAGGGAGAGAGAGAUUCUGAGUCUUUGUGUGUCAUUCUUUUAAGAUAUAUAUAUACUUUGUCUCAAUAAAUCACUCACUCUGAACUA